CUCAAAGAUUUGGAGUUUGUAAAGAGUCCCACUACUGUCAUCUCUUCACUGGGCAAACCUGUUACAUUGCAGUGCAAAUUGAAUGGUAAAGGGAGUGAGGACGUGGAGUCCCCUGAUGUGAUCUGGCUGAAAGAUGGUGUGCCACUGGAGCAUGCAGAAAAUAAUCAAUACCAAGUUCUUACUGGCAGCAACAGUAGGACUAUCAUAAGCACACUCAGAAUUGAGAAAGUCCAGCUCCCUGACAUGGGCUACUACAAAUGCGCUGUUCUAUCAGGAAGCAAUGAGACCUUUUCUGAUGAGGGUGGUAUUCAGCUGGAAGGCCUUCCUCAUUUUUCUUUGGAGCCCUACCACAUGACUGUCGUGGCGAAUGUCUCCUUCAGCCUUCACUGUGCAGCCCACGGGCCUCCUGAACCAGUCAGGGUCAUCUGGCUACAGGAUGGCCAUCCUCUGAAUUCUUUGUCGGAUCCAGUGGCCCUCUCACCCUCAACCCUCAACCUCACAGGCCUGAACAGGACCAGCACCUUCUCUUGUGAGGCCCAGAACCGUAAGGGUGUGGCCAGUUCCCGAUCUGGUACCAUCACUGUUCUCCCCAACAAACCUCAGGAUGUGAGAGCUGUAGAGAUCACUCAGUCCGCACUUCAUUUAUCGUGGGAACCUGGUUUCGGAGGUAUCUACCAGAUAGUCAACUGUUCUGUUCAGGCAAAACAUUCAGGAGAGUCCAUCAUAGCAGGCCCACAUCAGCUGAUCCAUAAUCAGACUGUGUCCAUGCCACGAUCCUCACACAUCAUCAAAGACCUGGAGCCUCACACCCUCUAUGCUGUCAGAGUGGCCUGCCAUAGCAGCCAAGGCCCAUCUGAUUGGUCUCCCUGGGUGGAGCUACGUACCAAAGAAGGAGUGCCUGAAAAUCCACCAGCUAAUGUGACUGCUAAGUUAAAUGGGACGGAGGUACUAGUAAUGUGGGAGGAGCCACCAGGAAAACUAAAUGGGCAGCUGCAAGGUUACAUGGUGGAGUACAGCACACCUGCUACUCAGCAGGUUGUCGUCAAUACUGGAUUGGGCACUGAGUUCGCAAUCAAUCUGUCUGUCCCCCUGUCCAAUGUCUCUUUCCGAGUGUGUGCCUAUACAGGGGCGGGUCAAGGACCCUGGGCACCCAUUCAGACUCUGACACUCAACGUUCCUGAAAUGGGUGAAUUUAGAGGUCCAUCAUCGCCCCCGGCCUUUUCCUGGCACUGGUUUUAUGUGGUGAUGGCCAUUACCGGCGCUGUGUCCAUAGCUGUGUUCCUGGCUGUUUACGUGGCCAAGCUGCGGCGCAAGGAGACGCGCUUUGGGUGCUACACACAGUAUUUUAGUCCUCGUGGUCAAGUCUCAGCUUGCAAUAGCCGCAAAGAGGCCAGAAUGAACAGCUUGGGCAUCAGCGACGAGCUGAAGCAGAAGCUCCAAGAUGUUAUGGUGGACAGACAUAAAUUAACCCUGGGAAAGACCUUGGGAGAAGGGGAGUUUGGCUCUGUGAUGGAAGGGCUGCUGACUCAAGAAGAGUUUGUUCUCAAAGUCGCUGUCAAGACUAUGAAAAUUGCUAUAUGCACACGCUCAGAGAUGGAAGAUUUUCUCCGAGAGGCUGCCUGCAUGAAAGAGUUCGACCACCCCAAUGUCAUGAGGCUCCUUGGUGUGUGUCUACAGACUGUGGAGAGUGAAGGAUAUCCCUCCCCUGUGGUCAUCCUGCCGUAUAUGAAACAUGGAGAUCUGCACAGUUAUCUGCUAUACUCAAGGCUGGGAGACUGUCCUGUGUACCUCCCAUCUCAAAUGCUGGUUAAGUUCAUGACCGAUAUUGCCAGGGGAAUGGAAUACCUCAGCAACAAGAACUUCAUCCACAGAGACCUCGCUGCCCGCAACUGCAUGCUGAAUGAGAAUAUGAAUGUAUGUGUGGCUGACUUUGGCCUCUCCAAGAAGAUCUACAAUGGAGACUACUACAGACAGGGCAGGAUCUCCAAGAUGCCUGUAAAAUGGAUCGCCAUUGAAAGCUUAGCUGACCGUGUCUACACCACAAAGAGUGAUGUGUGGUCAUUUGGAGUCACCAUGUGGGAAAUCGCCACUCGGGGUCAGACGCCAUACCCUGGGGUCGAAAAUAGUGAGAUUUAUGAUUAUUUGAGACAAGGAAACCGUCUCAAGCAGCCUCCAGACUGUCUGGACAGCAUCUAUUCCCUGAUGUUCUCCUGCUGGCUGCUGAGCCCAAAAGAUCGUCCAUCAUUCGAGUCACUGCGCUGUGAGCUCGAAAAAGCCCUUGAGGAUCUGCCGGACCCACAAGAUCCAGAUGAGAUUCUAUAUGUGAACAUGGACGAGUCCUCCAUGGAGCUCGGAGCCGUUGGUGGUCGUGACCCCACUGGACGCUCAUCCCCUCUCUGCUUGAAAGGCCUGGAGUCUGUGACCACAGUGGAGGUCCACCACCCCAACCGUUAUGUCCUCUGUCCACAGCACGAAACCAACCGAACCCUUUCUGACUCCAUGGAGAGCCUGGACAUGCCAGUAUCAUCCUCCACAGCCACAUUGCCUCUACAGUCAUCAUGCCACUCCACUCCCAAUCGCACUCCAACUGUUGAGCUGCUCGAGGACAGGAAUGGAUCCAAGAAAAUGCCCUGGCAGUGACAGACUCACUGCCUAAAAAUGACAAGACUGGUCACUGCCAAAGUGUGCUAUCCCAGUACAAGUACAAAGAACAAAAUCCAGCCCGUCGCUGAUUCUUUCUAACAGCAAGAAGAAACCUUAUGUGGCUCUUUAUAUAUAAUUUGCACAGACAUACUCAUAAACAAGCAGCCAAAUUCAUUCCAAGGACGUGAAGGACUGAUAUUUUAUUUUCAACCCCUUUCUUAUAAGAUGAUGGGUUGAAAAAACCUUAUAAGCCAACCUUGUCUUAUGAAGUUUUAUUACACUAUCCAGAGCCAAGUGGGUGUAGAAUUUCAUUUGCUGUAGCAGCUGGGUACACCCUUACCAAUAAGAGGGUGAAGAGGGCUACAUUACAUGUUACAAUGCCACACACACUGCAGCAGAAUCAGUGAAAUGAAUUCCCUUUUGCUUUAGCUGUAACACACCAUUUCUGUUUAACUACCUGAAUGCAAAAGAGUAAUUAAGCUAAAAAAAAUAAAAUAAAUAAACCUCUUUGUAAAAACAGCUCAGACACUGCCAGACUAAACCCAAAAGCUUGAACUUUACAGUGAGUCAGCACUUGUAUGGAGGACCUGUCACACCCAAGGAAACAUUUUUUGAAGCAGAAACUCCACUCAUUCUUGGAACAAAGAACCAGCAGAGCCUGUUUUACACAAGGUGAAUUAUCUGAUCAGAAAACUUGUUUUUAAGGUUAUGUUAAUACCUACAGUAAGAGAGUUUAUGAAAAGGUUAAGAAUGCCUUGCUUGAUUGCCUUAACUUAACCCUAUUUUUAAUUAUCUUACAAAUUGUCAAAAGUGUCAAAAUAUGAACUUCAUGGAGGAGGUUGUGCAUGAUGCUCAACCUCCUCCAUGGAGUGCAGCCAACAGUUGCACAGUGUUGGCUGCACUCCAUCUAAGGAUUUAUUCCCAAUAUACAUCUUAAAAAUAAAUAAAUAAAUUGCAAAUAAAAGUAAAGGUACUUCAUUAAAAACAUAGUAAUAAUACAGGAUUUGCAUUCAUAGUGUGCCGCUGUAACAAAGAGUUGUAUCUUCCCCAGGGGUUUUUAUUGUUGGUUGUGCAUCAAGUACACUGAGCGAUUCAUAGUGUGAACAAAACAAGUCUUUCCUCACUGACAGUUGUUACGUGUGCAUGUCCUGAUUCACGUAUGUAUAUAUCUUUGCUAUAACUCAGGAAUCUGAGGAUUUUCUAGAGGGACAGACGUACUAGUCAAAUCAGGAGGACAGAGAUGAUUCAAGGUACAGGUGGAUGGAUGUAGGAAACGAAUCCAUUAUCCAUGACAAUUGAUGGGAUAAACUCUUUACCUUUACUUUUUUAUGUCAAGCACAGUGUUAUUACACUUUUUUUUUAAAAAAUGCUGAUUUUUGUAUUUCUACAACUUGCACUAAUGUUUUUGUAUCUGUGUGUGUUUAUAAUGUGUGUAUCUUUUUGUUUCGGGUUUUUUUGUUGUAUUUCAGUUAUUUCCUAUUCUUAGUAGCAGAAAACACACCUGAGAGAACAUGACACAUUUGCAGUAUUUUCUGUUGAUGGGAAGAGUCUGGGAGACUGGAAAACAUCACUAACCUCGUCAUGUGACAUCAUCCUGCCACUUGUUUGGCGCUGUACAUAGCAGAAUCCAAGAGAAAGACACAGCAGUAUGCACUUAUUUUUUAUGUAUUUGCAUUAGUUUAUAAUUUUGUCAUUGGAAUGGCCUUGACAAUAAUCUGGCACACAUUUCAGGAUGAGAAAAAAUGUCAGUGAGGCGCUGUGUUUCUUAGUUGUAUACAUCAAAGGUACUUGUAUAUAAAAUAGUAUGUUAUACUAGUAGCAUUAUGGAAAUUCCUUGUUAAAAGUGUACAUUUCUUGUAAUAGCUUUGGUACUGUAGACUCAGUGGGAGUACCACAUUGUUUCUGAACCACAAACAGUGGUGCUGAGGCUGAGGUACUGGUUUAAAUUUCCAUGUUCAGAUGCUAUACCACUUUGAAUGCACAUAUGUCUCCUGUUUUAUAUCUGUGUCUUUGGAGUAUUUUGGUCCAAAAAUGAGCUUCCAACUGUAUUCCAGCAAAAACUGAAACUCCAUCUUACAUUCAAAGCCUUAAAUUUUAUGAUUUUACCAAGUGCCUUCACAGAGCCAGUAUUUUGCAUUACAGUGCAUGUGUGUGUCGACUGCGAUUUUUCCUGUUGUGUUUUUUUGAAUUGGGAGAAAAUUGUACUAUAAUUGCCUUAUAUUGUCACUGUAAUGAUUUGUAAACAAAUUUUUAUACAGUAUAUACACUAUUUUGCAUAAGAAAUAAAUCAGUUAAUUCAUGAA